UCUAACCCGCACGGGUCACCUGUUCCGUCAGUUCUCCCGGAAGACUGAUUUCCUGCUUCACCCUCCUCUCUCUCUCUCCACCAAUGUCUGAGAAUCCAUUGGAGCACAUCUUCCAGACCUUCCAAAAAAUUUCAAUUUGUAUUCAAACCCAACUGUUCUCACUCGCUGGCUUACCUAUUCAGCCUCCACCUCCGAAUGAAAAGCCACUUCUCUCUCUCUCCACCACUGUCGUUUCUACCAAGGGUAAAGCCUCAAAGCCAGUGACAAAGGAGGAUCUCGGAAGGUCCACCUGGACAUUCCUUCACACUCUUGCAGCACAGUAUCCAGAACGCCCAACUAGGCAACAAAAGAAGGAUGUGAAAGAACUGAUGGCAAUAUUAUCACGGAUGUAUCCAUGCAAGGAAUGUGCCGAUCACUUUAAUGAAGUUUUAAGAGCAAAUCCUGUACAAGCUGGAUCUCAAGCUGAGUUCUCUCAAUGGAUGUGUCAUGUUCAUAAUGUUGUUAACAGAAGUCUAAGCAAGCCAAUAUUUCCCUGUGAGCGAGUCGACGCCAGAUGGGGCAAGCUGGACUGCGAGCAGCGUCUGUGUGAUUUACAGGGAACUACAACGUUUGGGGAUGACAUCUGAUACUACUUGACCAUCUUUUGUUAAUAUUAGGUUAUCACUUAUCAGUAUAUGACUUUGAUGCUGAGGAUACAUUUGUAGUUGAAGAUGCUCAUGAUUAUCUAUUUGAAAUUUCUUCAGGUUACUAGUGAUAA